AGACAUUUCAGUUUAACCAAACGUUUAGCUGAAGAGCAUAACUUUUAUCCCAUUUAUGGAUACAACAAAAUAGGAGACAAUACUUUCCCAAACCUGAUGGCUAUACUGACCGGCAAUUUCUAUAACCAUUACUGGAAUGAGUCGAUGAGAAGCACGAAAUAUUUUGAUGACUUGCCGUUCAUUUGGAAAGAGUUUGCGAAACAAAACUUUAUGACAACUUUUAUCGAAGAUCUGCCCCAAUAUUCUCUCUUCAAUUUCAAUAAAAAGGGAUUUAUAGACAAACCCACUGACUAUUAUUUAAGACCCGUUUCACUGGCCAUUAACAGACAACUCAAGAGGUUUUGCUAUAAAGACAAAAUGGAAAUCGAGGUUUGA